AUGAGGUGUCCGGGUUUCGAAGCAACUGAGAAUUCGAAUCAUGACUUUAAUCUUUACUCCUCCAGCAACCAGUUCACGUUCGAGUUCUUCAAAACCGUCUACUCACCGCAGCAGAAUGUCGUCGUGUCGCCACUAGCGAUGUUCCUGAUUCUGAGCAUGGUGUACCACGUGGCCAACGAAAAAGCCUCGGCCGAACUUCAACAGCUGCUCCAUCUGCCGGAGGACAAACAAGAGGUCAUGCUACAUUUAAGCCAUUUCUUCGAUCAGUCCCGGUCCAAUGCGGAUGGGUACAGAGUUUCUAACGUGAUCUUUUCAAAACUCACGCUAAAUCCGGCUUUUUACCUACCACUGGAGAAACGGUGCGGAACUGAACGUAUUAACUUGACCAAUGUUGAUGUGGUGGCACUGGCAAACAAAUGGUCCCUGAACAAAACUGCCGAUAUGUUCAGUAUCGUAAGCCCUGCUACCAUUAAUUUGAUGACAAUGAUGGAUAUAGUUAUGCUAAACGUGAUUUCGUUGAACGCAUCGUGGCAUACAAAGUUUACCCCAUCUGACCAGCAUACUUUUUAUUUUUUGGACGGUGAGCAAGAUGUCGAAUUCAUGGAGGUUGAUUUUGAAGGUAAUUACACGAGUCAGAUUUAUUAUUGGACAGUUGAGAUCCCGUAUGAGCAAAGCUCAAACCUAUCAAUGAUAGUCAUCAUUCCAAAAGAUAACGCAAAUCUAACUCAAUUGGUGAACAGUUUUACCCUGAACGAUUACCAAACGAUCGAUAUGAAGCAAGAGCGAAAACAAAUCAGCCUUGAGAUGCCCAAAUUUUCCGCAAAAAAUGAACUAAAUUUGUUAGAAAUUUUAAUGCAAAAUGGGGUCAAGGAAAUGUUCGAGGAUGGCCGGUUUGCUUUCGGGUUGACUGGAAAGCUGAGGGUGGUGCAGUUCGUUCAGAGUGCAGUGAUUGACGUGGAUGAGGCAGGGACAUUUGCUGCUGCUAUUACGAUUUUCGGUGCGAUUCCGUUUUCCGCGGUUGGCGGUGGUGACAAAAUCAUGAGAGUUCGAGUUAAUCGUCCGUUCAUGUAUCUAAUCAGAAAUGUAAUCAGCAAGGAAAUUGUUUUCAUUGGACACUAUUCUAUGCUUGGAGGUGAGAAAUGUAACGAAAAGACAGUUUGA